CCCGAACGUCCUGCAGGACGCAAGAGUAAGAUGCGCAGAAGUCACGAUGACAUCUCAACGCAGCUACACUUUUCCGCGCGUUAAAGAUCGUGCCGAUCGCAAGUGUGAUGAGGCCUUCAAAUUUCUGGACGAAGAGGGUCGCAACAACUGUCGCGAAUGGGAAUCAGCCGAAUGCCGCCUCGUUCCUGUAACGUCUCCGCAGUCCAGCACUCAGACAAAGAGCUACCAGUGCACCGUGUUUCACCUACCCAUGAACGCGUCGGGCUCGAUCGGACAACCCCGGAUGAGCACCCUGGACGAAUGCGAAGCGCAAAUCGCCUCUAAAAAAAGUCAGAAACGGCCAUGGGGCUGGGCUUCAACAUUAAAUUUCGGUACUACGACUAAAUCAUCAGCGGAAUCUUCUUUUAAUCCGGGCGCCACGUAUGCUCCAACUGCUGAUACGUCAGCCGGUCGAGGUUGGAGUGAUUUUAGAUGUUUAACAAGCUUUCCUCCGCACGGCAGAGCUCCUCCACCCACAGCAGCUACUUCAUCAUCCUUCAGCACCGAUGUAACAAAGAUCGCGAGAUUUGGUCUGCUUCCAUCAUCCACGAACACCGAUGUAACACAGAUCGCGAGAUUUGGUGUGAAUCCAUCAUCCACGAACACCGAUGUAACACAGAUCGCGAGAUUUGGUCUGCUUCCAUCAUCCACGAACACCGAUGUAACACAGAUCGCGAGAUUUGGUCUUCUUCCAUCAUCCACGAACACCGAUGUAACACAGAUCGCGAGAUUUGGUGUGAAUCCAUCAUCCACGAACACCGAUGUAACACAGAUCGCAAGAUUUGGUGUGAAUCCAUCAUCCACGAACACCGAUGUAACACAGAUCGCAAGAUUUGGUCUGCUUCCAUCAUCCACGAACACCGAUAUAACACAACCUCAAAGGCUAGGUUCCACCAUCGCCUCUGGUUCCGGUACACAGCAAGCAGGGAGAUUCGGAUGCCCCCUAUGCCCUGAAGGACAUAGCACAAUACGAGACUUAAUGCAGCACAUGUUGGAUGCCCACCCAGGAAACACCAUCUGCGUUUCAUGCAACAAGGAUUUCAAAGAGAAGGCAAAAUUAAUAGAUCAUUUGGGUAGAAAGAAACACAGUCUUCUAGAACUAGAUACCACUACUUAUAAGAAAGCGAAGCCAAACCAUGAAAAACGAUGGCGCUGCAAUUAUGAAGGGUGUGAUGCGGCGUUCGGGCGGGAAAAUACUUUAAAAGAUCACAUGGCCGUUCACGAUGGACGUGCCACCUGUCCUCAUUGCAAUAGAGUCCUCUAUAGAAAAAGCAACCUUCCCUCACACAUUCGAACAGAACACCCUGAAGAGUAUAAGAAAAAUCCCCCUAAAAAGCCUAAAAGUAAAAAUCAGUAAAACUCGUAAUUGAAUCAGUGAGUUCGAAAACACAACUCGGAAAAAAAAAAUGUUCAGGAA